UUCAAUGUAGGUUACGCGAUCUCGUGAAUUAUCGCGAUAUUCCUUUUCGUCAGAAACAACGUCCCCGAUACAUCUAAUUCGGAUAAAACAAUCGAGCAGUUACUAUUAACUCGCUUUGCUAAGUCAGAGAAAUGGGAAAACCGAAAUCUGCCCAACCUAAGCAGAGAAAAGGUGUUUCAAAGAAGAAAUCCAACAAAAUUGGAAAACCGAAAUCUGCCCAACCUAAGCAGAGAAAAGCAGUUCAGAAGCCUAAACCCAAAAUAGGUACAUAUGCACUCUUCGAUAGUAUUGAGGAAAACAACAAUAUCACACGUUGUGGAAACAACGCGGAAGGUCACAGUCAAAACAACCACAGUCAAAACAAAGUGAAAAAGAAGGUGCCAAAGAGGAAAGAGAAUGGACGACGAAUGUCGGAAAUGACAUAUCUUGGAGAAUAUGAAGAUGUAUACUAUGCAAGACGCAAAUAAACAGAAGAUGUACACUAUGCAAGACGCAAAUAAACAGAUUUUAUUUU